GCCAGGCGUGAGCAAUCGGAGGCCGAGCGAGGGCGGGGUGGGGGAGCGGGGAGGCGGGGCCUUCCCCUCCCUUGGCGCCUCUCCCCUGGACGCCUUCUCCAGUUGCAGGGCUGGGGCGACCGCGUAGCAAGAGGUCACAGGCAGAGACCCUGUUACUCCAGCAUGUCGUGUAGCACGCCGUUUCAGAUGAGAUUCGUUCAUCUGGACCUUAAAGGAGCACCCCCAAAGGUUUCCUAUCUCUCUGAGGUUUUCCCCUUGUUCCAUGCACUUGGUGCAAAUGGCCUCCUCAUUGAGUAUGAAGACAUGUUUCCCUAUGAGGGCCGCCUGAGGCUGCUGAGGGCUGAGCAUGCAUACAGCCCCUCUGAAGUUACAGAGAUCCUGCGCCUGGCCAGACUCAAUGAGCUGGAAGUUGUUCCCUUGGUGCAGACAUUUGGACACAUGGAGUUUGUGCUAAAACAUGCAGCCUUUUCACAUCUCCGUGAAGUGUCUCUCUUUCCCAACACCCUCAAUCCUCAUGAGGCUGAGUCUCUGGAAUUGGUAGAAGCUAUGAUUGACCAAAUUCUGGAGCUACACAGGGGUGUCCGGUGGCUCCACAUUGGCUGUGAUGAGGUCUACUACUUGGGCGAGGGGGAGACCUCAAAACAGUGGCUACAGCAGGAACAGAACAGCCUGGUGAAACUGUGCCUGUCCCACGUGCAGGCGGUGGCCAGCCAUGUGAGGGCCCAGCACCCUGGCACAACACCUUUAGUGUGGGAUGACAUGCUGCGGGACAUCCCCCAGGAACAGCUCAAAGCAUCUGAGGUGCCUCAACUGGUAGAGCCUGUGCUCUGGGACUAUGGAGCUGACCUUGAUGUCCACAGCAAAAUCUCCCUCAUGGGAAAGUACCAGGAGUGUGGCUUCCAGAGACUGUGGGCUGCCAGUGCCUUCAAGGGGGCUACGGGGGCUAGUCAGGCCCUGCCUCCUGUUGAGCACCACGUCAGAAACCACGAGCAGUGGCUGCAGGUUGCAGGCAGUGGCCCAGCGGACACUCUGCAAGGAAUCAUCCUGACUGGCUGGCAGAGGUAUGACCACUUCUCUGUGCUGUGUGAGCUGCUCCCUGUGGGAAUCCCAUCCCUGGCUGCCUGUCUGCAGACACUUGUACAUGGAGGCUUCGCUGAGGAUGUGAAGCUGGGAGUGGAGCGCCUCCUUGGGGUUGCAAGCCUGGAAAUGAUGGAUGCUGUGAGUGAGGGAGCUGGCUCCUUCCCUGGCAGUGACAUCCAUGCCCUCAUCACACAAAUUAGUCUUCACCUGCGCAGCUCUGUGGAUACGCUUCUGGAAAGGAACCGGUAUGUCACUGGCUGGUUCAGUCCCUACCAUCGCAGGAGGAAGCUUAUUCACCCAGUCAUGAUCCAGCACAUCCAGCCAGAGGCACUCAGCCUCCUGAGCAGGUGGAACAGCCUUGUGCAGCAGCUGGAGGCAGCCCUGCAGCUGGCCUUCUACCCGGACGCCAUAGAGGAGUGGCUGGAGGAGAAUGUGCUCCCGAGCAUGCAGCGACUGCAGGCUCUGCUUCAGGACUUGGGCGAGGCUGCCCCCCAGCCUCCACCCCCACCCAGCCCAGGCUGGGACACAGGUCAGAAUCCCUGAGGGCUGUGGCCCUGCAUAUCAACCUGGACAACAGCUCAGUGACCCAGCCAUGCGGGGCUUGUGCUCUUCCUUCUGAGCCCUGGACCACAGACAGGCCCAACUAUAAGAACAGUAACCUUGGGCAAAGCAGAAAACAGAAAAAGGGACAUUUGCAAUCCGCAUGUAGAGCUUUAUUCUGAAAUAAAAAGACCAGAAGAAGCAGAA